AUGAUCUGGAAAUUGGCCCUUGUAACACAAAAGGCCAGCAGCAUCCUGAGCUGGUUUAAGAAGAGUGUUGCUAGGUCUGAGGUGCUUGGUUUUGAUGGGAAAAGUUGUCUAAUUUACAUAUUUAAUCAAAAACUCAUGAAUGCACCGAAAGAUGUGAUUUCUCUGAAGUUUAAGACAAUGCAAAGUGAUGGAAUUCUCCUCCACAAAGAAGGACAAAAUGGAGACCACAUCACCCUGGAAUUGAUUAAAGGGAAGCUGUCCCUACUCAUUAAUUUAGGUGAUACUAAAACCCAUCUUUCAAAUGCCCAAAUUAAUAUUACACUAGGCAGCCUUUUGGAUGAUCAACACUGGCAUUCUGUUGUCAUUGAGUACUUUAACAAUCAAGUAAACUUUACAGUGGAUAAACACACUCAACAUUUUCAUGCAAAAGGAGAAUUCAAUUAUUUGGACCUUGAGUAUGAGCUCAGCUUUGGAGGGAUCCCAGUGCCUGGAAAAUCAGGGACAUUGUCACACAAGAACUUCCAUGGGUGUUUUGAAAAUAUUCAUUAUAAUGGAGUGAACAUUAUUGACCUGGCCAGGAGGCAUAAAUCUCAGGUCUACUUUGGCAACAUGUCCUUCUCAUGUUUAGAGCCACAGGUGGUUCCUGUUACAUUUCUGAGCUCCAGUAGUUACCUGGCACUGCCAGGCACAUUGGGGGAAGAUGAAGUAUUCAUCAGUUUCCAGUUUCGCACCUGGAACAAGGAGGGACUUCUGUUAUCUGGUAAACUACAACAGGCUUCAGGUGGUUUCCUCUUAUAUCUGAGUGAUGGGAAAGUUAAAAUCAGUCUUCAUAAACCAGGAAAAGCACUGACUGACAUCACAGCAGGUGCUGGACUAAAUAAUGGCCAGUGGCAUUCUAUAUCCUUCUCUGCCAAAAAAAAUCGUAUCAGUGUAAUAGUGGACAAUGAUGUGACUGCAUCUGCUCAUGCCUCCAUACCUCUGCAAAUUUAUUCAGGAGAUGCUUUCUACUUUGGAGGCUGCCCUAGCAGUGGAAACACUUCUGAGUGUAAUACCUCAUUUGGUGGCUUUAAAGGAUGCAUGCGACUCAUUUCCAUUGGUAACAAAGCAGUGGAUAUGAUCUCAGUUCAGAAAAAUAUUUUUGGUAAUUUCAGUGACCUUCAGAUAGAUUUAUGUGGCAUUAUAGACAGGUGUUUACCUAAUUACUGUGAACAUGGUGGUGAAUGUUCACAGUCCUGGAACAGCUUUUAUUGCAACUGUACCAACACUGGUUACAAGGGAGCCACUUGCCACUAUCCCAUCUAUGAGCAAUCAUGUGAAGCCUAUAAGCACAGAGGGAACACUUCUGGUUUUUACAAUAUUGAUUCAGAUGGAAGUGGCCCCUUGGGACCGUUUCUUGUAUACUGUAAUAUGACAG